AGAGUCUCGCUGUUGCCCAGGCUGGAGUGCAGUGGCACAAUCUCGGCUCACUUCAGGCUCCGCCUCCCGGGUUCACACCAUUCUCCUGCCUCAGCCUCCUGAGUAGCUGGGACUACAGGUGCCCGCCACCGCACCCGGCUAAUUUUUUGUAUUUUUAGUAGAGACGGGGUUUCACUGUGUUAGCCAGGAUGGUCUCGAUCUCUUGACCUCGUGAUCCGCUUGCCUCGGCCUUCCAAAGUGCUAGGAUUACAGGCGUGAGCCACCGUGCCCGGCCUUGUUUUUGUUUUUGUUUUGAGACGGUCUCACUCUGUUACCCACACUGGAGUACAGUAGCAUGAUCAAGGCUCACUGCAGUCUCAAGUUCCAAGGCUCAAGCCAUCCUCCCGUCUCAGCCCCCCUAGUAGCUGGGACUAUAGGCGUGCACCACCAUGCCUGGCUAAUAUUUUUGAAUUUUAGUAGAGAUGAGGUCUUGAUAUGUUGCCUAGGCUGGUCUCCAACUCCUGAGCUCAAGUGAUCUAAAGUACUGGGAUUACAGAUGUGAGCCACUGCAACAGGCCAAGUUUUUUUUUUUUUUUUCUUCUUUUUUUUUUUGAGACAGGCUCUCGCUCUGUCACCCAAGCUGGAGUGCAGUGAUGCGACCUUGGCUCACUGCAACCUUCGCCUCCUGGGUUCAAGCGAUUCUCCUGCCUUAACCUCCCAAGUAGCUGCGACUACAGGCGCGUGCAACUGCGCCCAGCUAAUUUUUGUAUUUGUAGUAGAGACGGAGUUUCACCAUGUUGGCCAGACUGGUCUCGAACUCCUGACCUCAUGAUCUGCCCGCCUUGGCCUCCCAAAGUGCUGGGGUUACAGGCGUGAGCUACCGCGCUCACCAGUUUUUUUUUUCUUAACUUUUGGGACUUCGUCCAGGAAAGACUUGUUUUGUUUUUUUUUUUUUUUUUUUUUUGAGACAGAGCCUUACUUUCCUGCCCAGGUUGGAGUGCAGUGGUGCAAUCUCGGCUCACUGCAACCUCCGCCUCCUGGGUUCAAGCCAUUCUCCUGCCUCAGCCUCCUGAGUAGCUGGGAUUACAGGCGCCCACCUACCUCGCCUGGCUAAUUUUUUUUUUUUUUUUGAGACAGAAUUUUGCUCUUGUUGCUCAGGCUGGAGUGCAAUGGCGUGAUCUCGGCUCACCGCAACCUCCACCAGCCUGGCUCAAGCGAUUCUCCUGCCUCAGCCUCUCGAGUACCUGGGAUUACAGGCGCCUACAACCACGCCUGGAUAAUUUUGUAUUUUUAGUUGAGAUGGGGUUUCUCUAUGUUGGUCAGGGUGGUCUCGACCUCCUGACCUCAGUUGAUCCACCUGCCUCAGCCUCCUAAAGUGCUGGGAUUAUAAGUGUGAGCCACUGCACCCGGCCAGCCAAGGUUUUUUUUUUUUUUUGAGAUGGAGUCUCACUCUGUUGCCCAGGCUGGAGUGCAGUGGUGUGAACUCUGCUCACUGCAAGCUCCGCCUCCCGGGUUCACGCCAUUCUCCUGCCUCAGCCUCCCGAGUAGCUGGGACUACAGGUGCGCGCCACCACGCCCGGCUAAUUUUUUUUGUAUUUUUUAGUAGAGACGGAGUUUCACCGUGUUAGCCAGGAUGGUCUCGAUCUCCUGACCUCAUGAUCCAUCCGCCUCGGCCUCCCAAAGUGCUGGGAUUACAGGCGUGAGCCACCGUGCCUGGCCUCAGCCAAGGUUUUUAAGUAACAUAUUUCAGCAUUGGCUCUACAGCUUUGCAGAACAUGAACGAUUGGAUGCCCAUCGCCAAGGAGUAUGAUCCACUCAAAGCGGGCAGCAUUGAUGGCACCGAUGAAGACCCACAUGACCGCGCGGUCUGGAGGGCAAUGCUGGCACGAUAUGUCCCCAACAAAGGUGUCAUAGGAGAUCCCCUCCUCACCCUGUUUGUGGCCAGACUAAACUUGCAGACCAAGGAGGACAAAUUAAAGGAAGUCUUUUCCCGCUAUGGUGACAUCCGGCGGCUUCGGCUGGUCAGGGACUUGGUCACAGGCUUUUCAAAGGGCUAUGCCUUCAUCGAAUACAAGGAGGAGCGUGCCGUGAUCAAAGCUUACCGAGAUGCUGAUGGCCUGGUUAUUGACCAGCAUGAGAUAUUUGUGGACUAUGAGCUGGAAAGGACUCUCAAAGGGUGGAUCCCUCGGCGACUUGGAGGCGGUCUUGGGGGAAAAAAGGAGUCUGGGCAACUGAGAUUUGGGGGACGGGACCGGCCUUUUCGAAAACCUAUUAACUUGCCAGUCGUUAAAAACGACCUCUAUAGAGAGGGAAAACGGGAAAGGCGGGAGCGAUCUCGAUCCCGAGAAAGACACUGGGACUCGAGGACAAGGGAUCGAGACCAUGACAGGGGCCGGGAGAAGAGAUGGCAAGAAAGAGAGCCGACCAGGGUGUGGCCUGACAAUGACUGGGAGAGAGAGAGGGACUUCAGAGAUGACAGGAUCAAGGGGAGGGAGAAGAAGGAAAGAGGCAAGUAGAGGCCCAACAGCAGACCCCAAAGUGAAGUUACAGUGGAAAUGAGUGGAGGGAGAUUGUCUUUCAACACAGCGUGAGUCUAAUGGUUGAAUAAAACUUACUGAUGAUCAUGGGGUUUGGAAUAGUUUUCUUUCCAAUCUGGAACUUCGGUUCAAGCUGAUAAUGAAUUUAUCAUCUUCCUCACGUAGUUCUUUUUUUUUUUUUUUUUUGGAGACAGAGUCUCACUCUGUUGCCCAGGCUGGAGUGCAUGCAGUGGCACGAUCUCGGCUCACUGCAACCUUUACCUCCUGGGUUCAAGCGAUUCUCCUGCCUCAGCCUCCGCAGCAGCUGGGACUACAGGUACGCGCCACCACAGUCAGCUAAGUUUUUGUAUUUUUAGUAGAGACUGGGUUUCAUCUUGUUGGCCAGGCUGGUUUCGAACUCCUGACCUCAAGUGAUCCGCCUGCCUCGGCCUCCCAAAGUGCUGGGAUUACAGGCGUGAGCCACCGCGCCUGGCCUUCCUCACAUAGUUCUAAGGACAUGUUAUUUAACAGGAUCAAGAAGCAAUUUUGUAGUUAACUGGCAUCUGUACAGAAGGGCAUUUUCUUUUCUUUCUUUCUUUUCUUUUUUUUUUUUUUGAGACAGAGUCUCACUCUGUUGCCAGGGCUGGAGUGCAGUGGCGCGAUCUUGGCUCACUGUAACCUCUGCCUCCUGGGUUCAAGUGAUUCUCCUGCCUCAGCCUCCCCAGUAGUUGGGAUUACAGGCAUGUGCCACCAUGCCCGACUAAUUUAUGUAUUUUUAGUAGAGACAGGGUUUCACCAUGUUGGUCAGGCUCAUCUCCAACUCUUUUUUUUUUUUUUAAUUUGAGACAGAGUUUCACUCUAGUUCCCCAGGCUGGAGUGCAGUGGCGUGAUCCUGGCUCACUGCAACCUCCGUCUCCCAGGUCAAGUGAUUCUUCUGCCUCAGCCUCCGAAGUAGCUGGGAUUACAGGCACAUGCUACCACGCCCAGCUAAUUUUUGUAUUUUUAGUAGAGAUAGGGUUUCACCAUGUUGGUCAGGCUGUUCUCGAACUCCUGACCUCAGAUGAUCCACCUGCCUUGGCCUCCCAAAGUGCUAGGAUUAUAGGCAUGAGCCACUGCGCCCAGCCAGAAGGGCAUUUGUAAGGAGCUAGUAUUCAAAUUUAAUUUGGCAGUAGGAAUUUGAUUUUCUCCCAUCUAUUUUAAAUGAUCAUCUUGAGUACAUGGCAAAAGAGGUUGUGACCUAAUCACACUCCUCUGAGUCCUUAGAGGAAGAACACUUAUCUGGUCAGAAUAAAUUGUAUCUUUUCUAUCUUUAUAUCCAUAGCCCAAGAGUUUGCUGAAUUGAAAUAAAAAUGGGAUAGAAAAGUGAAUUCAAGGAGAAUGUCCAGAGCCCUAAUACCAGAAGGCAGUCUGCACAGCCAGGUCAGCAUUCUUGAACAAAUGCACCUCCACUCUCACUCAAAAUGCCGACUGUCUUUCUUCUUUUUCUGGCUGACAUUUAAAAUUAAAAACCAAAGUUGCUGGGCUGUGAUCUAUGGCAGCCUUCCAGCUCUUUGAAAAGAUAAAGUUCGACAGAAGUGGUGGUGAAAUGAAAAUGAAGAAUAAGGAGUGGUCAGGAUCUAUGAAAGAAUUACAGCUAGUUCUGAUGGAUUGAUUUUUCCUUUCUCUCUUGAUAUCCAGUCUCUGGUGUGCUCGAGAGCUAGAUCUGCUGACCUUAACUUCUAAGGACUUUGAGCAAGUACCAUACUGUUUGGAUGAUUUCCAAAAAAGUGACAUUUAGCAUUUUGAUAAAAUAUGGCUGUCUUUGAAAGUUCAUAUUCUGAAAAUUCAAGAUGUUUCAUGCAAAAUAAAUGAUUUAGUACCA